AGCCGUUUUGGCUCAAGUGAUGCUCAGCUGCCCUGGACCCCCAUGGAGCGGAAGCGCGGGAUUCUGACGGGGAUCCCGCUUGCACAGGGAUGGCCUCGGAGAAGGAGAAGGAUCAGUACGACUACCUCUUCAAGUUCAUCAUCAUUGGCGAUGCUGGCGCAGGAAAGUCGUGCCUGCUCCAUCAGUUCAUCGAGAACAGAUAUAAGAAGGGCUCGUCCCACACCAUCGGCGUGGAGUUCGGAUCCAAGAUCAUUCACGUCGGCGGCCGCAACAUUAAGCUCCAGAUCUGGGACACCGCGGGCCAGGAGCGGUACAGAUCCGUCACGCGGAGCUACUACCGCGGAGCCGCGGGGGCGCUGAUCGUGUACGACAUCACGAAUCGGGACUCCUACAACCACCUCGUGAACUGGCUGCAGGACGCCAGGACGCUCGCAAGGGCGGACACCUCCAUCAUCACCGUAGGCAACAAGUGCGACAUGAAGGACAAGCGGGCAGUCACCUUCCUGGAGGCCAGCCGGUGCGCGCAGGAGAACGACAUCCUGUUCCUGGAGACAAGCGCCCUCACGGGCGAGGGCGUGGAGGAUGUGUUCAUCAAAGUGGCGCGCGUAAUCCUCAACAAGAUAGAGGACGGCCUUAUCGACCCCAACACCAUGGUCUCGGGCACGCACACCGGCUCCCAGCGGAUCGGCAGCGACAGCGGUGGCGAGGCGAUGUCCUCCAAGACCUGUUCCUGCUGAGGCGGCCCGCUCUGGAGACCCUGAAUUCGGUGUCACCCCAACAUGCUAAUACUAUGUGUGCGUCGCCCCCCCCCCAGUGGCGACGCGCGGGCCGAUACAUCUUCUAGUGUAAGCUCCGUGGCGGGCGCUUCUGGCCGUAUUUCGAGGGAAACGAUUUAUUUCAAGACGGUUAUACGACAUGUUCGUGUCGGGCGCACGCCUCCACGGAAGACAUAGUACUAGUAUGUCCUUGUGCGUCCCAUGAAUCCCCCAGAGUUUUCAUCUCCCUCUUACUUUGCCACCUUCCGCCAACCCUCCGCCAGCUCCCACCGGCGAGCCCAGAGCCGUCUUAACCCCUGCCGGCUGACGCCGCCUUCCGCCGCGGAGGCCAGUGAUUCUUAUCGUUCGUCCCUCCGCCCUCACCUCCUACGAUGAUCCGCCUCCUCCUCCUCCUCCUCCUCCUCCUCCUCCUCCUCCUC